AUGAAGAACGUGGGACUCGUUAAGGAUGGCUCCAGUUGUGGCCCAGGUCGACUAUGUGUCGCUGGUUCCUGUGUGGAAAUGUCUUCUGUAUCCACAGCAAUCACUUGCCCCUCCAACAAUCAUGCGUUACAGUGUUCGGGUCACGGAGACUGCACCACGACCGCUAUUUGUGUCUGCUUCGCUGGCUGGACGGGAUUGGCAUGUGAUACGCGCUCGAACACUACUCUGGGAAAAAAUCGUGGCCAACCGCGUACCAUUGUGAAUGUUCCAUCAAUAGCUGUAGGAAAAACUUUGGAUACUGCCACUUUGCUCGGGAUUCUUUUGAUUGUUGGCGUUGUUCUUGCUGCUGCUCCUCGUCUGCCUACUCUUCUGCUAUCGUCGCCGGUCAAUAGUGGAGAUUCCCACGCCUUCCGAUGA